CGUCACUCUGAGCAUCGUAUCGUUUUUGCUAGCAGGCUGGUUCUGCUCAUUUGAAUUCUGAGACGUUCGGUGCUGUGUCGCACUUGAUUUGUAGUUGAACAUUCGGAUACAUUUUGUUCGGUGAGGUUGCGGAGUGUCUUCCUUAUUGUUUUUGUAAUGUAAAGGAGGGAUUUUUAUUUUUAUUCUUAUAAUGUGGUGUGAUUGGGAGCUUAAUUUGAUUUUUGGGGGUUUCCCAGCUCUUACUUUUUGAGAAGUAUCUCAGUUUUUGAUACUUUGAGGUUGAUUCAUGUCUAGAGUUAGGGUACCUACCUUCACUUCUCUGGGGUAAGGAUUUGUCAUAUGAAUUUUGAUUACAGUUUGAAGUGCGGGACAUAGAUUUGGUUUCUCUUUCUGAUCUUUGAUCCGGGUAAUACGUUUUGGCCAAUAAUUUUGUGUAUUGGGACUGUGGCGUGGGACGAUCUUCACCUUCCAAGGACGAAAACUUGCAAAUACCACUACUUUUGUGAUUUUUCUGGUGACACGAAUUUUCAGGGCUUCAGAAAGCAUACCAAUAAGGUACAAUGGAGAACGUUGAUAUGUUUAAUGCAGCGACAGCGACACUUACCUUUCAUGAUUUUUUGGAUCGGAUGCGCCAUCCUCAAGCUGUAGAUCUUGUUAAGUCCAUCAAGAGCUUUAUUGUAGAAUUUAUGAGCAGGACGCCUGAUCCUGACAAAGACAGCGAGAGUGUUCAAAGUUUUUUGACUACAACUGAGGGUGCUUUCGGAGCCCAUCCUCUGUUCGUCAAUGCAACGGAUGAAGAGUUGGACAGUGCUGGGGAGGGUCUGGAAAAGUAUCUGAUGACAAAGUUAUUCAGUCGAGCGUUUGCACCUGUUUCUGAAGAAAAGGAACACGAUAAAAAAUUGUCCGAGAAGAUGGCAAUUUUACAACAGUUCAUUCGUCCAGAGCAUCUUGAUAUCCCACCAAAAUUUGACGAGUCCUCAUUGUUGUUUGCCCAGAAAGAGCUAUUAAAGAUUAAUACUUACAAAGCACCUCGAGACAAGCUUGUGUGUAUUCUCAACUGCUGCCGGGUGAUCAAUAAUCUGCUUCUUAACGUUUCUAUUGGAUCGAAAGACAAUCCUCCUGGUGCUGAUGACUUCCUUCCAGUUCUGAUCUAUGUGGUGAUCAAGGCGAACCCACCUCAGCUGAACUCAAACCUUCUGUAUAUCAACCGGUACAGGCACCACUCCAGGCUGGUGUCGGAGGCAGCCUAUUUUUACACCAACAUUGUUUCAGCUGAACAUUUUAUUGAUAAUUUGGAAGCUACGUCAUUGUCAAUGGAUUCGUCAGAGUUUGAGAAGCAGAUGCAAUCAGCUAUAGCUUUGCUUGAUGCAAACUUGUCAGCCCAACCUUCUGUAACUGCAAAACAUUCCUCGGUUAGUGAAGAUAAUACCUUGAAGUCAGCUGAGCAUGAUUCGCCUUCUGCAUCAACGCAAUCGGUGAUUAAAUUGGAGCCAGGGUUAACAGUUCACAAGGAAGAUCAAGUGGAAUCACCAGUGUUGCCUGCUGACUCAAUCGCAUCUGCAGUGUCUGCAGAAAGUGUCCCUCCUGGUUCCAAAGCCUCUGGUUCGUCUGAUAAAGAUACCAUGACUGUUGCUAAACUUGAAGCAUUAGGCUUGCCAGAUGUAUUAGAAGCAGACAAAACUGGCCAGUUGGCUCGAGACUAUCCGUAUUUGUAUGCAAGUGCUGGGGAUUUAAAGGUCAUGGACGUAGAGGGGCUACUUGCCGACUACAAAGAGAUUGUUUUGAAAUAUGCAGCACUUUACAAGGCUGUUCAAGGGAUGGGUAGUGCCACUGGUAACAGGAGAACCUCUUCACCGCUUCUUGAUAUAAGUGAAUCUUCCGGCAUACUACAAACUGCAGCAGAGUUUCAGAACACAAAAGAAUCAGCUUCGCCAGAUGAGAAAUUUGUCUUGGGCGAAGACAAGGCACCAGCAAGAGAAGAACCAAGUGAAGUGAAGACGGAUGGAGGUGUCCAGGACCUUUUCGAGGGUUUGAACCUACUAAACAACCCCACAGAUCGUCCUCAUAGUCCUUCUUUGGAACAUGUGACAGUUCAAGGACACUCCCCAGACCAUAGUACUCGAGAAACCGCCGGCGGACAAUGUGAAGAAGUGGAGCCUAACUAUGAUGUAGCUGCAACAGAUGUUGGGGCCAGUGACAUUACAAAACACUAAGAACCCGAAACUGAAGUUAGCAUAUAACUUCUGUGCGACGUGAUUUCGAUUAGCUUGUGUUGGUUGAUUUUCACGACGUGCUUUCAGCUACGACUUUACCUGUAAGAUUGCUGACGUUCACUGACCGGUGCAAAACAAUUCUCCGCCACAAGGAGGUGUUGGAGCAUCAACUGUGACUCUCCCUCUCAUGGGGGUUGCAAAUACUGUAUAUGUAUCAGAUUGUGUACCUUAAGCCAGUUGGAAUUUGUCACUUGACCAAUGCAGCUUGCCAGUUGGAGUUCAAUAAAGACCCAGAAUUCAAGCUGCUUCAGUGAAUGGCUUUCUACGCCGUCUAAGGUAUAUUCAGAUCAUAGUGAAUACAACUUUCCUGUUUCAUACCUUGCUGAUUCCCUGUAGACAUAAGACACGUGAGUUGACCUGGUUGUUCUUGAUCCUCAAUUGUGUGGCUUCAGGGCAACUCAGUACAUCCACCACGUGUCUUCUGUAUUUCAUUGGGAUCAGCAACCGUAUAGAUUUGUUCAGUUGGUAGCUCACCUCUACUUUUGUGUCGGUAGCAAGGUUUCUGUGCAAGUUCGAUUCUUUGAGUUUUGAAUGUAAAGGCUUCGAUUCUGCCAUGUGCAAUAUAAUUGUAUUCUGAUUUGUCCAAAAAUUUA